GUAAAUUACGAUAACAGAAAAACAGUGUGAGUGGGGAGUUGUAAAUAGCUUCGUAUCAAAUAUUGUUGACGCGCGCACUCACAUUUCCCAGUUUAUUUUUAUUAGUUCGGUGUAAUCAUGAUCAGGUCCGCCGCAAAUUCAGUUCUACCAGUAUUAAAAAGGAACUACUCCAACGUAGCUCCCACAACUAAAUUGUUCAUUGACGGCCAGUUUGUUGACUCAAAAACUUCAUCAUGGGUGGACCUUCACGAUCCCGCCACCAACAACUUGGUAACCAAAGUGCCAAACAGCACACAAGCAGAAAUGGAAGCAGCUGUAGAAUCAGCCAAAAAAGCCUUCGAAAGUUGGAAAAACACUUCAAUAUUGACCAGGCAACAGUUGAUGUUAAAGUUGCAGGCCGUUAUCAGAAGAGACAUUAAGAAACUGGCGUCCAAUAUUACCUUGGAACAGGGUAAAACUUUGACUGACGCUGAAGGUGAUGUCAUGAGAGGAUUACAGGUGGUGGAGCACAGCUGCGCAGCUGGUACCCUCCUUCAGGGUGAAUCCCUCCAAAACAUCUCCAAAGACAUGGACAUCGUCUCGUAUAAGUUACCACUAGGUGUUACAGCAGGUAUUUGCCCCUUCAACUUCCCAGCUAUGAUUCCUUUGUGGAUGUUCCCAUUGGCUUUGAUUGCCGGCAACACAAUGGUCAUGAAGCCAUCCGAAAGAGAUCCCGGUGCCACAAUGAUGUUGAUGGAGUUGAUGAACGAAAUUGGAGCUCCACCCGGUCUUGUCAACGUAAUCCACGGCACCCACGACUCCGUUAACUUCAUCUGCGACAACAAAGACAUCAAAGCCAUCAGCUUCGUAGGCUCGGACCGUGCGGGCAAAUACAUCUACGAAAGGGGAGCAGCUAAUGGCAAACGUGUCCAAUCCAAUAUGGGCGCCAAAAACCACGCCGUGGUAUUACCGGACGCUGACAAAGACGCCACAAUUGAUCAACUGAUUGGUGCAUCUUUUGGCGCCGCCGGUCAAAGGUGUAUGGCGUUGAGUGUGGCUAUUUUGGUCGGGGAGACCCAGAAGUGGAUCCCCGAAAUUAUUGAAAGGGCGAAGAAAUUGAAGGUUAGCGCUGGACAUGAACCUGGAACCGAUGUUGGACCUGUGAUUUCGCCACAAGCUAAGCAGAGGAUUUUGGAUCUCGUUGAAGCUGGAAUAAAACAGGGUGCCAAGUGUGUUUUGGACGGAAGGAACAUCAAGGUGGACAAGUAUCCAAACGGCAACUUCGUAGGACCAACCCUUUUGACUGAAGUACAAACCAACCAAGACUGCUACAAAGAAGAGAUUUUCGGGCCGGUUCUUUCUGUCAUGAAUGCCGAUACACUCGAAGAUGCCAUCAAGAUUAUAAAUAGCAACCCGUAUGGAAACGGUACUGCCAUUUUCACAUCCAGCGGGUCACUUGCCAGGCAAUUCGUGAACGAAAUCGAUGUUGGACAAGUCGGUGUUAACGUUCCAAUUCCAGUUCCAUUGCCCAUGUUCAGUUUUACCGGAUCCAGAGGCAGUUUCCAUGGCGAUUUGCAUUUCUACGGCAAACAAGGACUGAACUUUUACACGCAAACUAAGACCAUCACCUCGUUAUGGAGGAAGGGAAGAGCUGUGUCCAAAUCUUCUGUAUCUAUGCCAGUCCAUAAUUAGGACUAAUUAAAUGUUUUACUUGUUUUUAAGUAUCUGUAUUUGUUAUAUUUUCAUAUCAUUGAAAUAAAAAUUAUUAUUAA